UAUGUAGAACUUUCAUCAAAAGCAUAUUACUUGUAACGUGUAGCUUCAAGGAUGAAAGAGAGCCAUUGCCAUAAAGUUUCUCAAGUUUUGAUCUUCACUCUCCGACUCGCGCAGGACUACUCCUGUUUGCAACUCUGACCUUUUUACAUCAUUUACAGAAAGCCAUGGGGCGUGGCAAAUUAGGAAAUGGAGAAGUUGUGUCGGAGCCAGCUGAGUAUCACCAGCCUGUUGGGAUUUAUGGGUGGAGGAAGCGAUGCCUCUACAGCUUUAUUCUCUUUCUCAUGAUCAUGACGGUCAUCAACCUGGCACUCCUAAUAUGGAUCCUCCGAGUGCUCAACUUCUCAGUGGACGGUAUGGGAAAGAUGAGAAUAACAGAAGAUGGCAUCUUAAUGGAGGGUGAAGCGGAGUUUGUAAAAUCUCUAUACACAUCAAACAUACAGGCACAACUUCAGGACAAACCUCUGUUCGUUGAAUCUAGUCGGGGCAUUAUCAUGCAUGCCAGGGAUGAUGAUAACAAUGUAAUGAGCACUAUGGCGUUAGGCAACAGAACUUUGGAGGCACAGUGUGACAGUUUUGAAGUCAAGGAUCAUAAUGGAAACACACAAUUCAAGGUCAACGAUAGAGAAGUCAGCAUGGAGGUAGACGAAGUUAGAUAUACAGGAUCCUCCAAGCUAGUGUUUGAGGGAUCUGUAGCCACACCUACCUUGAGGAGUCCUCCCUCAGAUCCACUCAAGAUUGAGUCUCUAGGAACCUCAAUACGAAUACACGGAGAGACGGGUAUUAAUCUGAAGGCACCUGCUGGAAAUGUGCUGAUCAAGAGCUCAGACGAUAUCCUGUUAGAAUCAACAGAUAACUCGAUCUACGUACAGUCACGUGACCUGUACCUAAAGAGUACUAAAGUGAGUAUACCCGCGGUGGGGAGACCAUACACUGGCAAAGUCUACCAGCUUUGUAUGUGUAUGAGUGGUCGUCUGUAUCUGUCAGACCCCAGCGAUGACUGCCAGGCCACAGACACCAUUUGUCAGUAGUGACCACUCAACACUGACCAUCACAGUGAAGAUACGUUUCGGUCAGUGGCCAUUUACAACUUUGAGGGAGAUAAAGCAUAGCUUAUCAAACGACUUUAAAGUAAAAAUAGUUUUGUUGUUUGCUUUCUAGGUAAAUGACCGUUGUAAUAUCUCGGUACCUACCUUGAGAAGAAUAUAGGUCACAGCUGGUUGAUUCGUAACGCAGUCUUAAAUGUUUUAUUGUUGUUCUGUGAUAUUGACUGACAGGUCACUGUGUCAUAAAUAUUAAUAACGCACAGAAUCUCAGUUAAGUCAAUCUAUACUACAAGUUAAACCUCCUAAAAAUAAAGAUUUUGAUAUUAAUAAAAUCAUUGUAAGGAAAUCUUCAGCAUUAUUUAUCGGGAAAUAUAUGAUUUAGUAAAUCAAGGUUAGGUGCAAUCAGUUAUGUCCAAAGUGAUCCAUUUUAAAAUGAAAUGCAACUCAUUUAAUAUUUAUGAAUAUUCAAAGUGAAUUACUUAUUAUAAUCGUCCUCUGUUAACAUGAAUACUUCUCCUACAUUUGUUGUGACAAAGAUUUAAGUCAAGUUAAGUGCAAGUUUAUUUGUCUCCAGGAUUAUUUUUGAAUCAUUAUGUUUCUAAUAUGUGCUUUGUCCGUAUAAUAUUUGUUUAGGACUAACCUUAUUUUGAUGGAGUUUGAAAAUCAGUCAAUAUUUUAAUAGAUUUAUUAUACAUGUAAUACUGAAAUAAAAACCAGGAAUACUAAUACGACAAGUUAAUUUCCAUGGCCCCUUUUAAUUUCUAAUAUUAUCUUUCAGCAUACAAUCCGAAAUUCUGUGGGGGGGUUUAUGAGGAUUGAAAAUACUACACAGUGCAUAAAAUCUUAAAUUUUUUAUAUACAGUAUUCCAAACCCUUUCACCCCUAUGUAACUUUAGUGUACUCUACCAUGCAUUGAUAUGGAUGAGUCUGUUAUGGUCUACAGUGGUGAAAGAGUUAAUUAACAGAGCUGUACAGCAGCUUUAGUAUCAUGACAAUGUAUAGUUGUGAUUUCUGCACUACUCCCUAGCAGACGAAGCAUUUUUCACUUCACCACCUUCUAAAAGACCAAGGAUCGCAGUAUUUCAAAAAGGAUUUUAACCACUGAGAGUAUAUUUUUUACCAGAUAUUUGUUAUAAUGUUGUAUAAGGGUACAUGAUAAUGUUGUAUUAGGGUACUUGAUAAUGUUGUUUUAGGGUACAUAUGUCAAGUAGUAUCUAUAUUCAGUCUAGGUUAUUGUAUCGAUAACCGUACUACAUAUUCAGUAAGGCCAGUAAGAGGAACAGAAAUCUUUGCUUGACAUAAAUGGGUAAUAUUUUACAGUAUGUAUAAGAAAUUUCAAUAUUAGCAGUAUGUUUUAUAAAAAUGUGCCAUUUCUAAAUAUUCUUUCAUAACAUUAAACGAUUCAAUACUUUUCAAUAUUGUAUUUAAGAUAUUAUAGAUUAGCAAAGAAUCAUUCCAUCUUUUUUUUAGUUAGUGAAAUAGUUUAGACUAGGUUUGUGUCAUCCCUGUAGGACGUUAACAAAACAAGAUCUGGAGGGGAAAAUCAUUUAGUUUAUGAAGUAUUUUUUUUCAUUUUGCUAUUGAAAACAUAUUGUAACUUUAUGCUGCAGCAUUAUGGAACUGCCUUUUCUAAGAAAAAUAGAUUCAUUGAAAACAAUUGAAUAUGACUAUUUAUACACCUCAAUCAUGAUUCUGUAAAAAUAGGCCCUGUAAAUU